GCUCACCAAAUAGAGGCUAGAGCGUUGCAGUUUCUGCCUUGCGGGCCUGGCUGAGAGAACAGCGGCGAGCCCCACACCGGGUUCGGCUCUAACCUAACCCGCCCUCCGGUAAUUACUAAUCAGUCGCCGUUACCCUCGUCGGACAACCGUCGCACUCCCUUCCCCCGAGCCGAGCGGCCGCCGGGCGCGGGGAGCAGAGCCGCUCCAUCUAGCGGGGAGAGGAGGGAGACCCCCGGCCUGAGCCGGGCGGCGGUGUCCCAUCUCCUCGCAACGAAUCCGCGGCGGCGGAGAUUCGAUUCGGCUGCUUGAGCGGCUGGGGCAGAGGCCCGAUUCGGCGGCCGGUUGACUGUCAACAAACUGUUUUUACUCUUUAUAUGGAUGGUUGCACACAUCAACUUUAAAGAGGAUAAUAUUUUUUGCUACAGAACAUCAAUAAAGGGAUGAGGCUUGGAAGUAUGAAUGGAUUGCAGUUCAAACAGCUUAAACUUGUCAUUCUUGCUUUUUUCAUGCUGUUUCUUCUUUGGAAAUGGGAGAAAGGCACAUACUAUGAUUCUGGAAUCCUCAAACCAGAUCCAUUGGUUUUGACUGAUCCAGCUAACUCGAAGUUUGUAGAUCAGCAUACAUCUUCAGAAGAAGACUUUCCAAAUGCAGACCCAUUGCCUCAAUCAGUAGUUAGAGUAGAAAAGCAAAUUACUGGUGCACCACCACCAUUGACUAUGGUAGGGUAUUCUGUUGACGUUGCAGAUGAAAAUGAAAUGCCGCCUGCUGAGAAGAAAGAAUGUAGCUACAGGAAUGGAAAGUGGGUUUCUGAUAAUCGUAGACCACUAUACUCGGGGUUUGGCUGUAAACAGUGGCUUUCUGAGAGUUGGUCCUGCAGAUUAACCCAGCGCACAGAUUUUGCAUAUGAAAAAUUUAGGUGGCAGCCAGAAGCCUGUGAGAUGCCAGAGUUUGAGGCUUCUCAGUUCUUGAGGAGAAUGCAGGAUAAAACCAUUGCUUAUGUUGGUGAUUCUUUAGGGAGGCAGAUGUUUCAAUCAAUGAUGUGUAUGGUCACUGGUGGAAAGCAGAGGCCCGAUGUGGAAGAUGUCGGAGCGGAAUAUGGCUUUGUGUUAGCACCAGGUGCAAAAAGACCAGACGGCUGGGCCUAUCGGUUCCCGAGUACCAAUACAACAAUUUUAUACCAUUGGUCAUCAACACUUUGUGAUUUGGAGCCUCUGAAUCCAUCAGAUCAUGCAACCAGUUAUGCCAUGCACCUUGACCGACCUCCUGCUUUUCUGAAGAACAACCUGCACAGGUUUCAUGUUCUGAUUCUUAACACCGGACACCACUGGAAUCGAGGGAAGCUAAGGGCGAACAAGUGGGAGAUGUAUCUUGGUGGAGCACCAAACAAUAACCGGAACAUUGCUGUCAUCUGGAAGGCCAAAAAUUUCACCAUCCACAGUGUCAUCAAGUGGUUGGACGCUCAGCUCCCUCACCACCCCCAGCUGAAGGUGUUCUACAGGUCAAUAUCACCUCGGCACUUCUUUAAUGGGGAUUGGGACACUGGGGGCCGAUGUGAUAACACGAAUCCUCUGGCCAAAGGAAGCGGCAUUCGCUUGAACCAUUCCGAAGACACAGAUGCUGAGGGUGCAGUGAGGGGAACCAGGAUCAAGCUGCUAGAUGUCACUGCCCUGUCGCGUCUAAGGGAUGAGGGGCAUAUAUCACGGUACAGUAUCAAGGCCACGCCGGGCGUUCAAGAUUGCCUGCACUGGUGCCUUCCCGGUGUACCAGAUACGUGGAAUGAGAUCCUUGCAGCGCAGCUAUAGCCAGUAGCUGCUCGAACGAUCAAAGUCAAUAUAUACUGUAAUUGUUAGUAUUUUGUUAGGCUUUACUGAAGAGUUCUUAUGCUGCUGGUAGGAAACACCAAGCGGCAGUAGAUCGGCUUUUACGGAAAGCUUGAUUUGUUGUAACUAUGUAGAGGCUUCUUUUCUAGUGUAACUGUGUAAGUAACUGUUGUAUUCGCUUCAGUGUAUGGCUAUUGUUCGGAAAAUUGGACAGUCGUUACUUAGUACAACUAUUUAAGAUGGA